AUGAUGCAUGGUCGACGUGCACCUUCACGAACCUCCAGCGGGGACGCAGCAAACGCCAGCCAUAGAUCCAGAGGACCCAGCCGGAAACCGAGCCAAACCUUCUUCCGCAGCAAAUCCCGAAAUGUGCAUUCGAGGGUGUCUGCGAAACAGAGUUUUAGCGCGCAGGACGUGGCAUUGGAUUUCGAACAUGUUUUGGAAGAGGCGCUGUUCAGUACGCCCGACGUAUCUGAUACGGCAGCGCGCGGUCAGUGGAAAACGGGCGAUCCGUACCACCAUCCUAUACCCAGCCAGGGAGACGCAUGGGAGGAGUCGUUUAGGGUAGUCCAGCGGUUCGACGACGAGAUGUGUAGAGGAUGGAGGGAGGAGAUUGACACGCUCUUGGUUUUCGCGGGUUUGUUCUCGGCCACCGUCACCGCAUUCACCGUGGAAUCGUAUCGACAACUACAUCCAGACAGUGUCAGCGACGACCUCUCAAUCCAGCUCCUUGCGAGAAUAUCUGACCAGCUCCUGGCUGCAUCCCCAAAUGUGAACCUCCCUCCGAAUCCUGUAGCUUUAAAAUCUGUUGUGGAAGAGUUUACGCCAACACCCUCCUCGGUCCGCGUCAACGUGUUUUGGUUUACCAGCCUUACCAUUGCACUGACUACUGUGCUGGUCGGGAUACUGUGCAAACAAUGGCUCCGGGAGUACCAGCGGUACGAAGGGCUCUCUCCCAAAGAGGCCUUUCCCGUCCGCCAAAUGCGCUACGAAGGUCUUCUGCGAUGGCAUGUCCCUACCAUGCUUUCGUGCCUCCCGCUCUUCCUCCAAGCAUCACUCAUCCUUUUCUUCGCCGGACUCCUCGACCUCCUGUGGUCAAUCCACAACGUGGUGGCUACGGUCGUUUCCCUCUUGGUAGGAAUCACCAUGCUAUUCAUCGUCACCACCACCAUCCUCCCCUUCUCCCAAUACCUCUUCCAUUUCUCGCGGUUGAACCCUACGGUCGACCCACAGAGCCAGUGCGCAUUCAAGUCUCCGCAGUCACGGGCGUUCCAUCUCUUAGGCACGUCCAUCCUUAACCUUGCCCGUCAGUGCAAGGAUCUCGUUUAUGGAUAUGGCGUGGCUCGGGAUUACCUGCGAAUUUCGAUAUGGAAUUCGGACGUUCACUGGGUCAACUACGAUUUGGAAUGGACGCGAGGGGGCCGGUACAUGCAACGCGCAGUGUCGUGGUUCGAGAGGACGUUUUCAAGGAAUAUCGUCAACGCUUUCCACAUCUUCCAUUGUCUGCAAGACCUCAACGUCGAUGUCGCCGCGGGGUGUAUUACGGAAAUCAUACAUAGCACGUGGAAUCCGUUCACCCCUUUUGCUGGGUUGUUGCUCCCGCGACUGAGGGAAGUGGAUGCACUGGCACAGACGGAUGAGGAGGAUGUUUUGGUGUCGCAGGACCUGGUGAUGAUGGGUUAUUUGAUCACACACCAUCGGAAUGCGCCGUGCUUUUUGGAACGGUGCUUGGAGCUUUGCACGAGGCUGAUCAACUCACCAAUCGAUGGGACCGAUGCUGUCCCACUUGUGUUGGAAGUUCUCGCUGUUAUCACGCCUGACAAGAAUCUCUCGGAAACUUUACUGUCCCAACUUGUCGACUCUUUGUCAUCUAUAUUCCGUUCUGACAAACUAAAUCUAGCAACGUCUGAUGUCCAGACGUUUUGGAAAACCUUUGAUCUCCUCCAACACCACCAAACGUCUCUAAGCCCAUCGCCCUCGCGUCUGAAACCCUCCAGCUCGCUAUCUACCUCCAUGACAGCACUGCCAUCUCCGCCAUCCGACAUCCCACGCCGACCAGCCUACGCCAUCCUCCGCGAAAUGCAAUCCUGGCUCCGCCGCAUAAUGGACGAUCCAGACACGCCGGCUGUCGAGAAGGAGUACCUCAUCAACGAAUGUUGUUUAGGUAUUUUGCGGGUGUACUCGUCCUUACGCGCUCGGCAUCCCGACGUGAUGGCGGUGGAUUCAAAGUUUAGGAUGAGUGCGGAUUUUCAGAUUUUGGUUGAUUUUGUGAAGAGUGUGGAUGAGUUUAUUGUGCAGUAUGAGGGAUUGACGGAUUUGUUGGUUGUUUGGGAGAUGGUUAGGGUUGAGGUGCUUGGGUCUGUGGAGGAGGUUACGGACGAGGAGGAGGUGCUCAUGGGGAAAGUUGAGGGGAAGGAUGCGGAUGUGAAGACGGACAUCGUUGUUGUGGAGGGGUGA